AUGAAUCCCCAGUUUGGCUUCUAUGGCACCUAUCGUGUCGACACCUUCACUGUCAGUCUUGUGUUCGUACUGCUGCCCGAUUUUGCUGCCGAGAAACUAACAUGCCUCGGUGAUAAUGAGAGGAUUUUCCAGUUAGAAGCGUGCCUCGACAUCAAGCCGAGUUAG